CUCCAGAUCGAUUCCCUAAUUCUGUAUUCACAAUUUUGCGUAGCUGAAAAACUAGUUUAAAAUGGCGGAAUCCGAGGAUAUUCAACCACUCGUCUGUGAUAAUGGAACUGGAAUGGUUAAGGCUGGCUUUGCUGGAGAUGAUGCUCCACGAGCUGUGUUCCCUAGCAUUGUAGGGAGGCCCCGCCACACCGGUGUGAUGGUUGGUAUGGGCCAGAAAGAUGCAUAUGUUGGGGACGAGGCUCAGUCGAAGAGAGGUAUUCUGACUUUGAAGUACCCCAUCGAGCAUGGUAUUGUCAAUAAUUGGGAUGACAUGGAGAAGAUUUGGCAUCACACGUUUUACAAUGAGCUCCGUGUGGCCCCGGAGGAGCACCCAAUCCUUCUCACAGAAGCGCCCCUGAAUCCAAAGGCUAACAGGGAGAAGAUGACUCAGAUCAUGUUUGAGACAUUCAAUGCUCCUGCCAUGUACGUCGCUAUCCAGGCCGUCCUGUCCCUGUACACCACCUCAGCAGAGCGAGAAAUUGUGAGGGACAUGAAGGAGAAGCUGUCCUACAUUGCUCUUGACUACGAGCAGGAGCUUGAGACUGCAAGAACCAGCUCCUCAGUGGAGAAGAGCUUCGAGCUGCCUGAUGGGCAAGUCAUUACCAUUGGCAAUGAGCGUUUCCGUUGCCCUGAGGUCCUCUUCCAGCCUUCAAUGAUCGGUAUGGAAGCAGCGGGUAUCCAUGAGACCACCUACAACUCCAUCAUGAAGUGCGACGUGGAUAUUAGGAAGGAUCUCUACAGCAACAUUGUUCUCAGUGGUGGUACUACUAUGUUCACUGGUAUUGCUGAUAGAAUGAGCAAGGAGAUCACCGCCCUUGCUCCCAGCAGCAUGAAGAUUAAGGUCGUCGCUCCUCCUGAGAGGAAAUACAGUGUCUGGAUUGGAGGCUCCAUUUUGGCCUCUCUCAGUACCUUCCAACAGAUGUGGAUAUCCAAAUCCGAAUAUGAUGAGUCGGGUCCAUCCAUUGUUCACAGGAAAUGUUUCUAAGCAGGCCAUCUCACAACGUUUUGGCACUGGUGAUCUAUCGGUGGUCAAGAUCAAUUUUUGGAUUUUAAUUUUCAUUGAGAUGGUAAAGAGUGUUUUUUUUUUCAUUGUUCCUAUUCUUUAAUUUGUUCUUCGUUUAGCUACAAAAAAAUUGGUAUGGAAAGUAGAUGUCCGAUAACAUGGGCAUGUCCUGGUAAAAGUUAGAUAAAUAACUUGACGUUCCAGUUUGAUUGAGGAAGAGUAGAAGUCCAUGCAACUAUAGAUGAGGUCUUGAUCAUUUUCUGGGGAAUAUUUGGUUCAUCUUGAGCUGGUACUAAGAGCGCAUUGUAUGCCAUCUCUGCAACUCAUGUCGCGCUCUGCUGUUUUUCCUCAAAUCUACAAGGGAUGUUAAGAGAAAUAAAUUAGGAUGGAUUUGUAUUCUUUUAUGCUUUUAUUACAUCUUUUAGUGUGUAGAUUUUGUUCAAGAUUCUUAAUAAAAUGUUGCGUUAUUU